GCGCAGGCGCAGUAUGUGGGGAGGGACCUUGCCGCUCCCGGGCGAUGGCGGCCGUCAUGGCGGCGCUGGGGCUGGACGCGUUGGGCCCAUGAGGCGCCCCUUCGGCUCUCGAACCUCGCCUUCGCCUCUUCCUCCGCCUCCUCCUGAGGGCAAAGGGGCAGCCGCCGAGGGCGAGGCCAUGGCGGGCGUCUUCGACAUCGACCUGGACCAGCCUGAAGAGGCCGCUUCGGACGAGGAACUGGAGGAAGGAGCCAUGAUUGUUAGGAAUGCAAAAGAUACAGCUCAUACGAAAGCAGAGCGGAACAUCUUAGAGGAAGUCAAACAUCCCUUCAUCGUUGAUUUGAUUUAUGCCUUUCAGACAGGUGGAAAACUCUACCUCAUUCUUGAGUAUCUCAGUGGAGGAGAACUGUUUAUGCAGUUGGAGAGAGAGGGGAUAUUUAUGGAAGACACAGCUUGCUUCUACUUGGCUGAAAUCUCAAUGGCUUUGGGACAUCUGCACCAGAAGGGGAUCAUUUAUCGAGAUCUAAAGCCAGAAAACAUCAUGCUGAAUCAUCAAGGUCACGUUAAGCUUACAGAUUUUGGACUGUGCAAAGAAUCCAUUCAUGAUGGAACUGUCACACAUACAUUCUGUGGAACAAUAGAAUACAUGGCCCCUGAAAUCUUGAUGAGGAGUGGGCACAACCGUGCCGUGGAUUGGUGGAGUUUGGGGGCAUUGAUGUAUGACAUGCUGACUGGAGCACCCCCAUUCACUGGGGAAAACCGAAAGAAAACCAUUGACAAGAUUCUCAAGUGUAAACUCAACUUGCCUCCCUACCUCACACAAGAAGCCAGAGAUCUGCUGAAAAAGCUGCUAAAGAGAAAUGCUGCCUCACGUCUAGGAGCUAGUCCUGGAGAUGCUGGAGAAGUUCAGGCUCACCCUUUCUUCAGGCAUAUUAACUGGGAAGAGCUGCUUGCGCGGAAGGUGGAACCUCCAUUUAAACCUUUAUUGCAAUCCGAAGAGGAUGUGAGCCAGUUUGACGCAAAGUUUACCCGUCAGACUCCUGUCGAUAGCCCCGACGACUCCGCUCUCAGCGAAAGUGCCAACCAGGUCUUCGUGGGCUUUACGUAUGUGGCUCCAUCCGUACUUGAAAGCGUGAAAGAGAAGUUUUCCUUUGAACCAAAAAUCCGAUCACCUCGCAGAUUCAUCGGCAGCCCACGAACGCCAGUCAGCCCUGUUAAGUUCUCUCCUGGGGACUUCUGGGGACGAGGUAGUUCCUCCGGCGUGGCAAACGCUCAGGCGCCCGUGGAGUAUCCGAUGGAAACCGGCGGGAUCGAGCAAAUGGACGUGACGGUCUGCGGAGAGGCCUCGGCUCCGCUCCCGAUCCGGCAACCGCACACCGGGCCGUACAAAAAGCAAGCCUUCCCCAUGAUCUCCAAGCGGCCAGAGCAUUUGCGCAUGAACCUAUGACGAAAUCAACGGCAAUCAUUUCCCUCUUCCUCCACGGAAAAAAGAAACAAAUAAUACCCCGAUUUGGGCGGCAGAAGGACAUGAGGACAAAACCUCAGCGAGGGCAGCAGUCCCUCCUGCUCCCGUCACGCUGAAAUAUUGAGGGCUCUUGAAGUUGUCUUCUCUCUUCUUCUCUCUUUUUCACUCUCUCUCUCUCUCUCUCUCUCAGUGAUAGUAUCAAGGUUGGUCGUUGCACAGAAUUACAGAUUGGGAAAGAAGAAUGAAAACCAUGGAUCCUCCCUCCCCCUCUGGCUUCCCAUCCUCUCCUUUUGAAUCAGUGGUGCAUAAAAGCGUACUUGAGGGGAAAUGGGGUUGUAUCAUCCCCAAGCACAGGAGCAGCAAAGCGGGCCAAUAUUGGGAGCGUCGGUACCCUUUCUGCUCUUAAUCACGGAUUUUUUUCCCAGUCGAUCGCUCGGAGCUGUGACAGUAUUGAGAGCAGGACGUUUUCUUCCUCUUGGGAAGUCCUGCCUCCAUCCCUCGAAACGGGAUUAACCCCAAAUUUCCGGCUUCUGCAAAGGGCAUCCUCCAGUGGAGCGAAACUGGAGGUUCAAGGCAGCCUCCAAGCCAUGGAUGUGCCACAUGGAAAACAAUCUGAACGACUCUAAAAGAUGAAUCCUAAAAUAUAGAUUAUAUAUAUAUAUUUUCAAAUAGAUUCCCCAUCCCGUUCCCCCCUAUAUUUUCCCCCCCAAUUACCCCUGACUUGGAAAACACAGAAUUAUUGGUUUGUUGCAGCACAUAGAAAAAUCAGACUUCCAAAUUGGUUGGUCCUCAUAGCGAAAUGAUGGGUUUUGUGUUGAAAGCGAAAGAAAUCACUGUUAAUUACGUUAGUAGGAUUGGGGCGGUUAAGGCGCCCCUCUGCCGGUCUUGUGGAAAUGCCUCCGGCGGUAAGAAACUGGGUUCGGCUGGGCAGUUUUCUGUGCUGAAACCUGGGCUGAUGUGGGACUCCUCUCCUUUCCAGCGCCACUGCUGCCCACACUAGCAGGGUCUGUUUCCCAUAGUACAGAGCUGUGUGCAUGCCUUCAGUGCCUGCUCUUCUCUGCCCGAUCCUUUGGUUGCUGCCUGGGAUUUAUCAUUUUACGCAGAAACGCGACGGCCGAAGGCUUCCCUUCUGGGUUUUCUUACGCCGGUAGUAUCGUUUCCUCGCAAUGCUGGAAAUGUGCUCAGCCGCAGCCGUCAUAAACGGUAACCAAAAAGCAAGGCAGAGGCAUUGCGCAAAGGAGCAGCGUUCCGAUCAACCAUAGCAGGCUAUUACCUGAUUUUGUUUCUAUUUUUACCAUUACGCUGGUCUUGCUGAGAAAGGAUGGCUUUAUCCCACCUUGGCCCCACGACUGGCCUUUUUUCUUUUCCCGGCCAAGAAUUAAGCGUGCGCUGUUUUUGUUUCCUCUGCUGCGGGCGAUCCCUCUCCGCUUGAUUGUAUCCGAAACGAAACCACAACCCAAGUAUUAAGAUGGCCUUUGACGAAUGUCUUCCAGAGAACUUUUUGCAGUUUAAUUUUCGGCGGCGUUCAAAAGGUUUACUAUUUAUGUUUUCUGCGAUUGUUGUUUGACGAAGAAGGAAAAAAACCACAAAAAUCUGUACAAAAAAAUGACUUUAACAGGUACAAAGAAUUAAAUAAAGGUAUCUUUACCUUAACUUAAA